UGUGUAAAGGUUCAGACACAAAACUUGACACAGAUUAAACUUUUGAUUCUUCUACAAAACUCUACGCAAGUUAAUUACUCACCACCAUGGCCAAAACCUUCUCAAAACGCACAUCCAUUUUAUUCAUGCUCUUCACCAUUUUCUUCUUCUCAACCUACGUCAUCGCAGAUGAAGCACCCGUUUUCUCUAAAAAUUUACCUCCUUCAUCACUUGGACUUAAGCAAGAGAAGUUAAGCCACCUCCACUUCUACUUCCAUGACAUUGUCAGUGGCCCCAAACCUACUGCUAUACGAGUUGCACAAGCUGCCACGACAAACACAUCCCCAACGGGGUUUGGAGCCAUGGCGGUGAUUGAUGACCCACUGACUCUCCUCCCAGAAAAUACCUCCAAAGUUGUUGGACAAGCACAAGGAAUUUAUACCUUGGCGUCGCAGAGUGAAGCAGCGUUGUUAAUGGUGAUGAACUUUGCUUUCACAGAGGGACAGUAUAAUGGUAGCACUCUUAGUGUGUUAGGGAGAAACACUGUAUUCUCGACUGUCAGGGAGAUGCCGAUCGUUGGUGGGAGUGGUGUUUUCCGGUUUGCUCGUGGGUAUGCUCAGGCCAAGACUUACACGUUUGAUACCAAAUCUGGGGAUGCAGUUGUGGAGUACAAUGUCUAUGUCUUACAUCAUUGAUUGGGAAAAAUAUAUUGCACACAAUGUGUUCUAUACACUGCAAAAAUGUUGAAAAUGUGACUUUAAGUCACAAUUUUUGUGUAUUUGUACACUAUGUGCAAUAAACACCACCCUUAUUGAUUUGAGCGAGAACAUGUUUAUUGAGCCUUCCACAUGUUAUAUGGCUACUCAUGGUUUUCUUCCUUUUUUUGUGAAAAAUAAAAUACCGUUGACUGAAUGUAUUGUCAGAUAAUUGGGAAUGUUUGAUUUUGUGAAAGAUAUGUCAUAUGUAUAUGAAAAGCAUGUUUGUCUCAUUUGAAAAUCCAAUAUGAACAUUACAGAACCAAAUUUUGGAAGAUGCUUUUAUUUAUAA